CCAUAAUUUACACAAUCCAAUUACCCCAUAAACUCAAUUCAGAAACGGAGAGUAUAAAAACCCCACCCUACGCCCAACCUCCACAAACCCUAAAAAAAUCACCCCCCGCCCCUUCCCUAUAGUCGGAAGAAUGUUCACAGACGGCUCCCCGCCACCGCCAAUGCCGCCGCCGUCGCCGGCAGCGAAGCCGAUCGUAGUCCGCUCGGUCUGGUCGGACAACAUCGAGCCCGAAUUCGACCUGAUCCGCCUCCUCAUCGACCGGUACCCCUUCGUCUCCAUGGACACCGAGUUCCCCGGCGUCAUCGUCCGCCCCGCCGCCGACUCCUUCCGCCUCCGCAACCCCUCCGCCCACUACUCCAUCCUCAAGGCCAACGUCGACCUCCUCAACCUCAUCCAGAUCGGCCUCACCCUCUCCGAUUCCCAAGGUAACCUCCCGGAUCUCGGCACGGACAACCGGUACAUCUGGGAGUUCAACUUCAAGGACUUCGACGUGUCACGCGACUCUCACGCGUCGGACUCGAUAGAGCUCCUGAGGCGCCAGGGGGUGGACUUCGAGCGCAACCGGGAGUUUGGGAUCGAGUCGGUGCGGUUCGCCGAGCUGGUGAUGUCAUCGGGGCUGGUAUGCGAUGAGUCGGUGAGCUGGGUGACGUUCCACAGCGCGUACGAUUUCGGGUACUUAAUCAAGGUGCUGACUAGGAAGCCCUUGCCGGACGAGCUGGGAGAGUUCUUGAGCCUGCUGGGGGUGUUUUUCGGGGCUAGGGUUUAUGAUGUGAAGCAUCUGAUGAGGUUUUGUGAGAGGAGUCUGUACGGAGGGUUGGAACGCGUGGCGGAGACACUCGAGGUGGAGAGGGAAGUGGGGAAGUGCCAUCAGGCUGGGUCUGAUAGCUUGCUGACAUGGCACGCGUUUCAGAAGAUUAGAGAGGGUGGGUUCUGCAAGGAGGGGCCAGAGAAGUACGCUGGUGUUCUGUAUGGGUUAGAGGUUUUCUGAAAUUUUCUCUCUUCUUGCUGUGUGUGGAAUUUGCCUUGUGCAGUAGAUUUGUACAAACCCAUGGCUUAAUAUCAAUGUCAGUGGUGAUCGUUUCUUCUUAA